AUCUGAUUUGAUGAACUAAAUUCUACAUACAUAUUAUUGUGUAUUUCUUGAAAUUUUAGCAUUUCAAUUGCACUCCAAAUACCAAUGCAUACUCAGUGAGCUGGGGGGUCCAUGGCCUAGGAGCUGCUGUUCCUUAAAAAAAAAGAAGAGCAAAAACAAAAACAAAUACAAAAAAAAACCAACAAAAGAAAAUUCCAACAGCACAGACGUCAAACUAAAAGGACCAGAAUCGGAUAGUCUGUUAGAGUAGUAACAGUAGUUGUUGAGAGGGAGAGGGAGAGGGAGAGUGAGAGUGAGAGUGAGAGUGAGAGAAAGAGAGAUAUGGAAGAAAAUGGGGUUACAGCAGCAGUGAAUGGAAAUGGUACUGAUGCAAGUGAGAGGUUUAACAUGGAGGGAUUAGGAAAGUGCUUCAGUAGCUAUGCGGAUGAUGGUACUCAUGAGACUCACAGAUACUAUCUUUCAAGAAGAACUGUUCUUGAGAUGUUGAGAGAUAGAGGGUAUUCUGUUCCCAGUUCAGAAAUUGAUCUUUCUCUUCAAGAGUUUCGAGCUAUUCAUGGCCCUAACCCAGAUAUUGAUCGCCUCAAAUUUUCUGCCACUCACACUUCCGAUCCUUCUAAAAGGAUGCUGGUUCUAUUUGGUGGGCCUGGUAUCAUUAAAGUUAGCACAAUCCGUGCAAUUGCUGGUCAGAUUGUUAACAAAGACAGUUUAACUGGUCUGAUUUUAGUCUUGCAAAACCAAAUAACAAACCAAGCUAUGAAAGCUGUGGAUCUUUUUAAAUUUAAGGUUGAGAUGUUCCAGAUUACUGAUUUGCUUGUCAAUAUCACAAAGCAUGUAUUAAAACCAAAGCAUCAGGUCCUGACUGAUAGGGAAAAGCAAAAGCUCUUAAAAGACUACUGCAUCGAAGAAAAGCAGCUUCCCCGACUUUUAAGGAAAGAUGCAAUCGCACGAUAUUAUGGGCUAGAGAAGGGCCAAGUGGUAAAGGUUACCUACUCCGGUGAAAUCACCGAGUCACAUGUUACUUACCGGUGUGUCUGGUAAUGCGAUUGUUGUACAAUUUUGUCUGUAUCAUAUUCCUGCUUGACUUAUGGAAAUUAUGUAUCUUUUGGUAGUGUACUUUUUCUUAUUUCAUUCCAUUGUGGACCUGUUGAACUGGUUUGAAGCAUUUCUGAUUUAACCCUGUAGCAGACAUUGCCGAUAACGACAACUUCAAACAGUCAAUCAGAAGUGUGAAUGAAAUGUUUAUCAGUGUCUGAUUCUAGUGAAAUAAACUUCUCAUUGAUCGAUCGGUCAUUUUCCGUUCAA